CCCCUCCAGACCCGUAAAGGACCCAGGCGUCCGGGCUCCUGCCAGGCCUGGCAGGGACCCAGGCGUCCGAGGCCUGGCGAGGGCCCAGGCGUCCGGGGCGGCUGCGCUGCCGUCCCCUCCCCCAGCCGCCAUGGGCGCCGCCGCUGCCCGACCCCCCCCCGACCUGGGGGCCCUCGCCGAGGAGACCGGCCUGUCGCUGGCGGCUCUGACGCGGCUCCAUGAGCGGUUCCAGGUGCUCGACCGGGACGACAAGGGGCACCUCAGCCCCGCCGACCUGCAGGCGCUCGAGGGCCUGGCGCUGAACCCGCUGUGCGAGCGCAUCGUGGGCGCCUUCUUCCCCGGCGGGGCGCAGCGUGCCGAUUUCGCGACCUUCGCACGAGUCCUCGCGCACUUCCGGCCGGCCGAGGGGGCCCCGUGCGAGCCGGGGGCGCCCGGCAGCCCCCGCAGCAAGCUGCGCUUCGUCUUCCAGCUCUACGACCAGGACGGCGACGGGCAGAUCUCCCACCGCGAGCUGCUGCAGGUGCUGCGGCUCAUGGUGGGGCUGGAGGUGCCGGACGAGGCGCUGGCGGCCGUCGCCGCGGGGGCCCUGCGCGAGGCUGCCGGCGGCCGCCGCGGCGCCCUCUGCUUCGAGGACUUCGCCAAGGCGGUCGAGCGCCUCGACGUCCAUCGCCGCAUGAGCGUCUGGAUCCUGAAGUGAUCCCUGGCGGGAUCCGGCCGGGGCGGGGCGCGCUGCGGCCAAUCAGGACCUGGCUCCGCCCCCUGGCCCCAGCCAAUCCGGUCUGCCUCUCCGCCGCACACAGCCAAUCAGCUCGCAACCGAUCAGCUCGCAGCCAAUCAGCUCGCAGUGUUCAACCCCCCCCCCCGAUCCCCUAUUAAGAGAUCUAGUCUGAA